AUGGAUUGGCUCCCUCACCGAACUGCUGCUUUUCUGUUCCUUUUAUUGGUACUCUUGGAAUUCAGCACGGGAUUUCAUGUAGAGGUAAAAGAAUGGGAUGAAAAUGGAAUGGCAAGAUGGAAAACAUUCAAAAGACAAAAACGUGAAUGGAUCAAAUUUGCUGCAGCCUGUAGAGAAGGAGAAGAUAAUUCUAAAAGGAACCCAAUUGCCAGAAUCCGAUCAGAUUGUGAAGAAAACAAUCCAGUUACAUACAGCAUCUCUGGAGUUGGAAUUGAUCGUGCCCCCUAUGGAAUAUUUGUUGUCAACCCACGAACAGGAGAUAUUAAUAUAACAUCAAUAGUGGACAGGGAAGUAACCCCAGUAUUUGUUAUCCGUUGCUUUGCUAAGCACUCAUUGACGGGAAUAGAUUUGGAACCACCUCUUGAACUUCGAGUCAGAGUUCUGGAUAUCAAUGAUAACCCUCCCAUAUUUUCACAAACUGUAUUUACAGGAUCUAUUGAAGAGAGCAGUAUGGAGAACACGCUGGUGAUGAAAAUAAUUGCAACAGAUGCAGAUGAGCCUAAUCACUUGAAUUCUAAAAUUGCCUUCAAGAUAGAGAGUCAGGAACCUUCAGGACAACCCAUGUUCAUUAUGAAUAAAUAUACUGGAGAACUCCAUAUUGCAAAUUUUCUUGACAGAGAGCAACAUAGUUCCUACACUCUUGUUGUGAAGGCAUCUGACCGGGAUGGAGCUGCAGAUGGAAUCUCAUCCCUUUGCAGCUGCAAUGUUAAAGUUAUUGAUGUCAAUGACAACUUCCCAACCCUUGCUCAAAGCUCUUUUUCAGCAAGUAUUUCAGAAAAUUCACUCAGUUCAGAACUGCUAAGAAUACAAGCUCUGGAUGCUGAUGAAGAGUUCACAGACAACUGGUUUGCUGAGUUUUUCUUUAUAUCCGGUAAUGAAGAUAACUUCUUUGAAAUUGUUACAGAUCGAGCUACAAAUCAAGGAAUCCUCAGAGUAAUUAAGGAACUGAAUUAUGAACAUAUCUCAACUCACUCACUGACUAUUGGUGUCAGGAAUGUGGCCGCUUUCCACCACUCUGUUAUACAGGACUACAGAAUAUCUGGAACACCACUCACAAUACAAGUAGAAAAUAUAAUUGAACCGCCAAAAUUUCAUCCAUCUUCAAUUGUGUUUUCUGUACCAGGAAACAUAAGAGCAAAUUAUAUUGUGGGAACAUACACAGCCAUCGAUGAGGACACUGGAUCUAUUGCAUCAAAUGUUGUAUAUAGUAUAGGACGUGAUCCAGGUGCCUUAUUCAGAAUCAAUCAAAACUCUGGUGAAAUCAUGCUGACCAAAGUUGUUAACUGGGAAUCAGUCUAUGUAACGAAUGGGCAGUACAAAGCAGAGGUUCUGGCUAUCACCAAAGGUGUUCCUCGAUAUACUGCUACUGGCACAAUUGUGCUUUCAUUACAAGACAUCAAUGACAAUUGUCCAAGUAUUAAUACUGAAAUAAGGAAAGUAUGCAUGAAUUCCCCAUCAGUGGUUAUCACAGCAAAGGCUAUCGACGGUGGUUCAUAUGGUGCCCCCUUUACAUUCAGCAUCCAUGGUGAACCUCAGACUACCUGGAUUAUCAGAUCAAUAAAUGCUUCCUCAGCUGAACUGGUCAGUCAGAACAUUGACUUUUACAUGUAUAAGAUCUAUAUCACCGUAAGAGAUAGCCAAGGCCGACGCUGCUUUAGACCACAUAUAAUUCCUGUGCAAGCUUGCCAGUGUGACAGUCGUAAUUACUGCACCAGUGGGGCCACAAGAAUAAUUAUCAUUGGUGGUGGUGGCAGUGGUGGUGGCACUGGUGGUGGUAGCACUGGUGGUGGCACUACUGGUGGUGCUGGUGGCGGUAGCAGUAGUGGAGGAACCCAGGAAGGUGGAGGGACAGGACAAGAAGGGACUAGACCUGGAGAACAACCUUAUGACCACACAGACUGGCCAGUUUACACGGAUGCAUACAGUGAAGGUGAUGGAUAUGGUGGAGUCACUGAUACCUCUUAUGAUGGAAGUGGAAAUUAUGGCAGAGCUCUCCCAUCUGCGACCACACUAAGUGGUACUGCCAUCGGUCUCAUGUUUCUCGGUGGAUUAAUAUUUGUUUUGAUUCCAAUUCUGAUGUCAAUGAGCGACUGCUGUGGCUGUGGUCCUGGUGUGGCAGGUGGAGUUGGAACUGGAUUUGAACCUGUACCUGAAUGCACAGAAGGGGCAAUUCAUCCCUGGGGAAUAGAAGGUGCACAACCUGAAGACAGGGAUGUCUCACACAUUCUUGGCCCAACAACAGCUGCAGGAGGUGAUUUUGGUGAACCCUCUGACAUAUAUACAAACACAUAUGGAGGAGGAGGAGUAGUAGCUUCUGGUGUUGAAGAAACUACAGGGGUUGGCUAUGGCACUGGUACUGGUUAUGGAACAGCUGGAGGAAUUUCUGGAACAGGAGGAGAAGUAAAAGGAUCAAUUGGAGGAACAAUAAAAGAGUAUCGAGAGGGAGGGGUGAACAUGACCUUCCUAGACAGCUACUUCUCUGAGAAAGCAUUUGCAUAUGCAGAUGAAGAUGAAGGUCGGCCAGCAAAUGACUGCCUACUAAUAUAUGAUCAUGAAGGAGUUGGUACUCCUGUUGGCUCUGUGGGUUGCUGCAGCUUUAUUGGAGAAGAUACAGAUGAAACAUACUUGGAUACAUUAGGACCAAAAUUUAAGACCUUGGCAGAGAUCUGUCUGGGUAAAGAGAUCGAACCUUUCCCUGAUGUCAACCCACCCUGGCCAGGCAUUAACACCACCUUUCCAAACCCUGAAAGUGAUCUAAACCUUCCACCACCUGGAACCACCAUCAUCGUCAACGGAAAUGCCCCUAUGCCCACCCCAGUUGGCACCACAACGGUUGUUACUGAAAACACCUAUACGUCUGGGUCAACCAUACAGCCCCCGAGGCCAAUGCCAGAUCCCUUGCUCCACGGAAACAUGACGGUGACUGAGACCUACACCUCUGGCUCUUCUUCUCUUCCUGUUGACCCCCUGCGAUCAUCCAAUGUUGUAGUAACAGAAAGGGUUGUUGGUCCUGCGUCUGCUUCUGAUUUGCGUGGCAUGUUAGAUAUCCCUGAUCUCACAGACGGGUCCAACAUUAUCGUCACGGAAAGAGUAAUUGCACCUAACUCCCGGCUCCCGACCUCUCUCAGCAUUCCCGAUUUGGUAGACGGGUCUAACGUGGUGGUGACAGAAAGGGUGUUCAGGCCCACCUCUGCCAUGCCAGGCAGCUUAAUAAACAUCCCCUCAGAGUUAUCGAAUGCCCACAACGUGGUGGUCACCGAGAGGGUAGUGUCAGGGUCUGGGAUGAGCAGCCUGGGAGGAGCAAGCCUAGGAGGGGCAAAUCUGGGAAGCCUGGGCAGUGCAAGUCAGAUGCUUAGUGCCGACUGUAACCUCGGCCAGGGAAUGGGCACGGCGUCCCCCGGCACCUCCCGGAGAAGGGUGACAAAGUACAGCACUGUGCAGUACUCCAGUCAGUAA